UCUCAUUAGCAUGAACCGGGGGAAGGGCAUAAAAGACUCCAGUUCAUUUAGAAUCUGGAAAAGGUUUCCUUCAAAAUGACAACUGAAGCAUUCUGGCUCCUCUGUUUUGUCAUGGGACCAUCGUCCAACUUGAUGGCAGCCCUCUCCAGCUGCAUCCGUUUCAGCACGCUGCAGCAGCAAGCACAUGAGAGCCAAGGAAAGGAACAUUUUAGCGUGUUCAUUAGUCAAGAAAACAAGCAGAGAUGCUUGAUGUGUCAGAGGAAGGAUCCCUGCCCUAUAUUGGAAAACCCAUUCGGGCACUCAGCAAGGAUGGGUACAGUGCAGCAGACUCCACACCAAGCCAAGCUAAAUUCCCAUUUAGAGGCAGCAGUAUUGGUGAAGAGAAUCACACAGAGCAUUGGUUACUGUCUCCAGCUAACCUGCAGUGGCCAAAAGCUGCCGACAUCCUCUCAGUCUCACCAGACAGAAAGAAAAAGGCGAAGACCUCCGUGGAAAACAAUACAGGGAUGAGAAAAGAGCCUCACCAGGAUGGCAGGGUCCUGGCUUCCGAGAGCCACAUGGAGGAGCCUCCUCCUGCUUCCUUUGACUUCAGUUACCCAAACAGAAUGCAUACAGAUAGGCUUCAGUCUGAGGCAGCGAACAGCAUCUCAGCACACUUCCACCAUAGAGCAUUUUCCCAUUAUAAAGGCAGAUCCUUGACUUUAGCUGAGACGCAUCCUUUCCAAGACACAGAGGCAGCUGAGACAGAAGAUCCCAAUAUAGUGGAUCACCUCAACCGACCUGGCAAGAUGAAUCCCUACAAACAGCACGACCCUCUAAGAAACAUCAGUAAGCCCUCCUGGGUCACCAACCGCCAGUCAUCGAGCCUGCUGUAUCACUUCAACGUGCUAAAGAAAGUUCUAGAUGCUGACAACAAGGAGAAGGUGUGCCUGACAGAGUGCAGGAGGGAGAGGGAUGAAGCAGAGGCUUUCUGUGUGAGUGAAUUUGCAGUGAAUGGGAUUGUUCAUGAUGUGGAAACACUGGGGAAAGGAGUUCGCCUGGUUACACUCUUGGUAAAUAGUGAUGGAUUAUACAAGAUGAGUCGCCUGUAUAUCACCCCCGAUGGCUUCUUCUUCCGAGUUCACAUUCUCAUUGUGGAUGCUUUGAACUGCAGUAAACCAUGUCCAGAUUUUAAACUUGGAAGUCGAUACAUUGUGAUGGGUCAGAUAUACCACAAGAGACGGCAGCUACCUACAUCUCUGCUGCAGUUCCUGAGAGGGCGUCUGCGGCCAGGAGACGGGCUGCUAAGGAGCAGCAGCAACUAUGUAAAAAGAUUCAACAGGAAGAGGGAUCGUAAAGUCCAAGGGGCAGCUCGCACCAAGUGUAGAUGAGGCCACAGUCCUAACUGCUUUACUAGGGCUUAAGCAGCACCGGCAUUCAGCUAGCAGAACUAAACUGGUCUCUAAUAGAGUCUGACCUUCCUUCCAGAGUAAGGAUCCUUUUAAAGUGACUGCAGCUCAGCUCUUGCUUAAUUCUAUCUCCACUACUGAUGAGUAUCUGGUAUCUUAUGUGGUUUAUAAAACAAUGUUUCUUUCAAAGGUUCUGGUUAUAGUGGUAGAUACCACUAUAGUGUGCAAAAAAAGAGGAAAAACCCACAGCCGAGAAAUCAAACCUAUUCACUCACUGUAGAGAACAUUAACUGGUUAGUGGAUUUCCCUUUAAAUAUGAUUCCAAAAUAGUUUUUGUAAUACACAAUUUAAAUCUUAAUGUUUAGAAAAUAACCCACUAUGAUUAUUUUUAGAGCUAAAUUCUUUUGUUAGCACCUCUUAUGUACAUCAGGAGUAACUGGAGUCACUCUGGCUUUAUACCAAUUUAACUGAGAAGAACAACGGUCACUUAUUGCUUAGAUUAAUAUUCAAAACUGUAUAUUUAAUAGUAUUAAACUUCUCAGUGCAAUGAGAUUUUUAAAAAGAGCACUCAAAUCCUUAAUCUGUAACGGACUGCAUGAUCAUUUGUAGCUCAAAGGCUCUACAGCAUACAUAUGUAGACAUUUGUUUUGAAACUCUAUCAAAGGAUUUAUAUCAGAUGAAGAAUUCUGACAAAAAUAAAAUUUUUGCAGCGCUUUGGUUUCCUCAAAGUAGAGAAUACUGUUUUUUAAAAACACUGAAAACAAUGUAUAAUUAUACCAUUUUUUCUCAAAUAUAAAGGGACCAGAUUUUUCUUGUCAUUUAAAAACGUGUUCAAAAUACAUAUGCCACAGCACACCUUAUUAGAGCUUACAUGUGUGUUCGUAGAUUGCUCCAUUUACAGAUUCCAAGGCUAGACAGCUCCAUUGUGAUCGUUUAAUUUGACCUCCUGCAUAACACAGGCCAUGCAACUUCCCUAAAAUAAUUCCUAAAGCUUUUUCUAAAACAUCCAAUCUUGAUUUUAAACUCGUCAGUGAUGGAGAAUCCACCAUGACCUGUGGUAAAUUGUUCCAAUGUUUAAUUACCCUGUUAAAAAUUUAUGCCUUAUUUCAUUAAAUUGAAUACAAAUCAUGCACAAAUAACCAAUUAGUAUGUGUAAUUACCUAUUUUCAUGUACAAAUUAAGGCAUGUAAAUCAGUCAUGCAAUCGCAUACACAUUUUGCAUGCUUACUCUUUACUCUUCUAAAGUGGAUGUUCAACCCUGAAACUAUUGAGUGUAUUUGGUAUAAUUUUUCUAUGAAUACAAAUGUAUGAGGUUUAUAUCUGCAAAACAGUAAAGUUACCUUUGGAAUCAGU